CUUCCUGCGGGAGGAAAACUGUGCCAAGCUCUACUUCUGGAAGUGGAGGCGCAGUCUCGGGACUUCGCGAGGACGAACAAACUCCAGAAAAACGCACGGAUAUAACGGUCUAACCACGGAUUCAAAGGUGGAGAGCGCGUUUUUUCCUCGACCUUCUCAUUUCUUUAAAAGAGAAAUGGAAGAGAGUUCAAGCUCUCCCGUCUCCCCAGUGGACAGUCUGGUGACCAGCGAGGAGGAGUUGGAUAGACCACAGAAAAGUUUCGGAAGGAAGAGGAGACACAGAAAAAAGUCGAGCGAGGACGGCAGCAGCCCGAGCUCCGUGAAUAAACGCGGCAAGAAGCCGAGCCCGAGCAGCACUCAGUCGUUCGAGGAGCUGCAGAACCAGCGCGUCCUGGCGAACGUCAGGGAGAGGCAACGGACUCAGUCGCUGAACGAUGCCUUCGCGUCUUUGCGCAAAAUCAUCCCCACGCUCCCCUCGGAUAAACUCAGCAAGAUACAGACGCUCAAGCUCGCCUCCAGGUACAUUGAUUUCCUCUGUCAGGUGCUGCAGAGCGACGAGAUGGACAACAAGAUGUCCAGCUGCAGCUUCGUGGCGCACGAGAGACUCAGUUACGCCUUCUCGGUGUGGAGGAUGGAGGGCGCGUGGUCGAUGUCUGCGUCCCACUAGCCGCGAGACUCGUCCAUACAAUGCCGAAAGGGCUGUUUACUUCCACUAAUUUUGAAGACACCAAAGGAUUUAUUGAUGAACCUGUAAACCUCAGUGACGUGGCCAAAGGACAUUCAGUAGAUACACCUACGGACUUGAGCAUCAUCACGAAGGAAACAACGAAAGGAGCUUUUUAUAUAGAGGAAACGUAGAUGACGUCUCCUGUGUCGUCAAAUACAUUUAAUCAUUUUCACAAGUUAUUCUUAAAUGUCGGCAUGGUGAUAGUACAGGAAGGCCAUCUGUUAUCAGUAUGGAAACUAUAUUGUGUGUUUGUCUCUAAACAGAAGAGUUUACAUAUAUAU